UUAGUCAAUCCCUUUUGUAACUCUUUGGAAUUUGCCUCAGUGCACAGCUACCUACCCGAAAUAUCGAAAGGCAUGGCCUCCUUAACCAGAAAUUUGACAAGCUAUUCUUGCGUUUUACGAGGAUAUUUGCCAAGGCUAUACAGUACUGGUACAAAAGGUGGAGAUCAAGAUCCUUCCAAAGAAAAGAAACCUGCCAAGAAAGAAACUGUUGCAAAAGCUAAAGAACCUAAGACUGAGCCUUUUGACAACUCCGAGUAUAAAUCAAUAGAGUAUUACCAGUAUAAUGACUUGUCCUAUUAUGAUAUAGACAAUGACAUGUCAGAGUUUAGGCUACCACAACAGUCUAAAUUUGUUCCAGCUUAGUAACAAGUGUGUGUUGUGUCUGUUAUAGAAGUGCUUACAGUUAAUGAGACCUUAUGCUGUCUACAAAACAACAUAUAUGUAACAUGAACUGAAAGAGCUGAUUUAUUCGUUAUGUUAACAUUUAUAUAUUAAAGUAUGAAAUUU